AUGGAGUCCAAGAUCCCCGACUUCUUGGCAGAGCAGCAAGCAGCAGGAAGCCCAGAGACACAACCCUACUUCCUCACCUUUGAAGACUUCUGGGAGCGCAAGCUAUGGCAUCAGCUCACAGACUCCUUGGUUGAAUUCUUCCGCACGCCAGAGAGUGCUCCCCAUCGGUUAACCAUCUUUAAGACGUUCGUGCUCAGCUUCGCCGAUCGGAUCAACCAGCUCAAGUUUGUGUCGCUGGGGUUGAUGGCCGCAACAGAAUGCACAGAUGACCAAGAAAGACUGGGUUUCCUCACUUCCCUCGCCAGCAAGACCGAUACGCCCGACACACAGGAUGCAUAUGUCUACGCACUCGCGGACGUAGCCAACGUCAAGCUGUCUUUGAAGGAUUUGGAUGGCGCACAGAAGGACCUGGAGACUUGCCAGCAGGUGCUGGACACAUUCGACUCGGUCGAGACGGUCGUGCACGCAUCAUUCUACAAAGUGAACGCCGAUUACUACCACGCUAAGCAAGAAUUCGCCUCUUUCUACAAAAACGCCCUCCUCUACCUCGCCUGCAUUGACCUGGGCGAGCUCGCCGAGACGGAACGCGUAUCGCGCGCCUACAACCUCAGUGUGGCAGCUUUGGUCUCCGAGACGAUCUACAACUUUGGCGAGCUCCUCCUGCACCCGAUUCUGGACUCGCUAACCCAGACCCCGCAUAACUGGCUCCGCGAGCUUCUCUUCGCCUUCAACCGGGGCGAUCUGACUGGCUAUGACGUGCUGGCGGGCAACAUCAGCAAGAACAAGCUGCUGGAGGCGCACCGGGUAUUCCUGUACCAGAAGAUCUCUCUCUCGGCACUGACGGAGAUGGUCUUCCGUCGUCCUCCGCACGACCGCUCUCUCUCCUUCCAGUCUAUUGCUUCGGAGACGAAGGUGCAACCGGAUGAGAUUGAGCACCUCGUUAUGAAGGCUCUGUCGCUGGGAUUGCUGCGGGGAUCGAUUGACCAAGUUGCUCAGGUGGCACAGAUCCACUGGGUUCAGCCUAAGGUGUUGGAUAUGAAACAGAUUGACGGGAUGCGGAAUCGUCUGAAGGAUUGGGAUGCGGGUGUCAACCAACUCGGACACUGGAUUGAGGGAGCUGGCAAGGAUGUGUGGGCUGCAUAG